AUGGCCGCCUCAGAAACAGCUGAAAGACACCCUAAUUCAGCCAUGACCAAGCUGGGGAAAAUGCUGGGGAUCUCGUCCACGAAGCAGAGCUCAAGAACAGAGUCCAAUUCUGCGUCUUCGAGUUCAAAUGCCUCGUUGAGCUCCAUACCCUCGUCUCCUACUUUGCAAGGCAAACCCCCUUCUUCAGACUUGACCAGCAAAGAUCUUAGGUUGCAUUCGAGCUCCAAUUCGUCUUUGGCUAACGCUUCUGUGACUACUGCAGGUAACAGAAAAGUGAAGAGCCCGGGACAAAGCUCCUCAAAUGUGACCGGCCACGUUGCUCCUAUCAAUUUGAACUCCUCUGACAUUCCAAAUUUAUCCAGAUCGGGAUCUGUGAUUUCCAAGGCUGCGCCAGUCGCAAGAUUUGUUAUGAGAGAGGACGGAACACACGAGCAUCAGUUCCGUAACACUAAAAGACAGGAAAAGUUGGGCCAGAUGGUGAAGGAUUGGCUUGGAGCCAAAAAGUUGAGAAAUUCAGCAGUUUCAGCCAUCCCAAACAUUCUUUCCUCGACCAAUCUUGCUGCUCUUGACAACGAGGCCAAAGCCAGAAUGGAUGCAGCCUCCAACAAAGAUUUACCUCCAACUCUGUUGUCUGGGUUGCUGAACCAGGUGAAAAGAGGCGAUAUUACGCAGUUUUCAGGACCCCAAAACUCCAUCCAGCAGCCUACAACCGCCAUCAGUGUUAAUAUGAAGCCAGAAGAGGCAGAUAAUCGCUUGUUUGUGGAGAAAUACGGAGAGUGCCAGGAGGUUAUUGGCAGAGGAGCAUUUGGAGUUGUGCGGGUUGCACAUAAAAAACUGGCUGGGCCCGGACCAGACGGAGCAAACGAGAUACUUUUCGCUGUGAAGGAGUUUAGAAGACGGCCAAACGAGAGCGACUCGCGGUACUCCAAGAGACUCACCAGCGAGUUUUGCAUUUCGUCGUCAUUGAAGCAUCUAAACAUCAUUUCCACCGUGGAUUUGCUGAAGGACGCAAAAAGCGAUUAUUGCGAGGUGAUGGAGUACUGUUCUGGAGGAGACUUGUACUCUUUGAUUGUUACUGCCGGUAAGCUGGAGUACGCGGAGGCAGACUGUUUCUUCAAGCAGCUGACCAGGGGAUUGAACUACAUGCACAAGAUGGGAGUUGCACAUAGAGAUCUCAAGCCGGAGAAUUUGCUCCUGACAGCAAGAGGCACGUUGAAAAUCACUGAUUUCGGUAACGCCGAGUGUUUCAAAAUGGCAUGGGAAGACGAGAUUCAGUACAGUCGGGGUAUUUGUGGGUCGUCUCCAUACAUUGCUCCGGAAGAGUACACGCAGAAAGAGUUUGAUCCACGGCCAAUUGAUGUCUGGGCAUGUGGAGUGAUCUACAUGGCUAUGCGGACUGGUCGUCAACUGUGGAAGCUUGCCAACAUCGAGGACGAGUUUUUCACCACGUAUCUGCAAAAACGUAAGGACGCCAAGGGCUACGAGCCGAUCGAGGGUCUGAAGCGUGCACGGUGUCGGAACGUGAUUUACUCGAUUUUGGACCCUGUUCCCCAACGACGGAUCACGUGCGCGCAGAUCCUGAACAGCGAGUGGGUGCGGGAGAUCAAGAUAUGCAAAGCAGGCGACUGCGGUAAGCGCCCAGAGUAG